AUGACAUCCCACUCCCACUCGCCCUCUCGCACGCUGCGAGGGAAGAAAACGGCCGCCAAUCCGCCCUCAUUGGCCAGCCCUGCCGCCCAUUCCAGCCCGACCACCUUCUUCCUGCGUAGCGAGAAGGAGAUGGAGAAGACCAUUCAACGCGGCCGCGCGCCCUCGAGAGACACGGACGAUGGCAUGCAGAAGACGCCUGUUGGUAGUCUGUUGGCGGACAGUUCCUUUGGUGUACAGAGCCUGGAGGACACCAUCGGCUCCACAUCCGCCACCCGAUCUGACAACAUCCUCUCCAGGACCAGCAGCAACGUCUCCGACCUGAGUGCUGACGCAGGCGCAGACGUGAAUAUGCUUGCCAGUAGGAAGAGAAAGGCAGGCAACCCGGUUCAUCCUAAAAUCAUGGCUACGGGACAGCGCAUCAUCUCCUCGGAACACUAUCACCAUCACGCCCCCUCAGUAUCGCCCAUGUCUCAUCGCUCCGCUGAGUCUCCCUUUGCACGCCGCGCAUCACCGUCGAGUUCGGUGAAUCUCAGCCAGCCCCUGACGCCGCUCAGGAUGAGCCCGAGGCCAGAGUCGGCCAUGCCCAGCACUCCUCGCACCGGCUCUCCAAAGUCGCUGCGUCUAAGUGAUGAGGAGCAGAGCAUCGCCAGCGAGACCGGAAGCCAAGCCAUCCAGUCCUCGUGUGGGGGUGAGGAGCUCGAUGACGCCGAGCACGUGGGAAAGGAAGAUGCUAUGCCUCAGCUUGUUAUGCCUUCCAUCUCCAUGCCCAUGCGUCGCCCCUUCACGGAGAGGGGGAGGCAAAUGGGCCGGUUGAAGAUCAUGGUAGUUGGGCCUCAGGGAGUGGGCAAGACGAGUUUGAUUCGAAGUAUCUGCCGCCUCAGCGAGGAUGUCGCACACCUGGACUCCAUGUCUGGCAGUGGCUCAAGCUUGGAUGUGAGUGACGGCCAGACGCAGCCGACGGAGCAAAUCGUGGCCAUUGGAGCAUCUACUCGCCCUUAUCCGGCGUGGUGGACCGACUUUGAGAGCAGGCGCAUGCCCCCCCGCCGUAAGAGUAUGGGCGAUGGCGUGCUCGAGCGCAACCUGACCUUCAUCGACACUCCCGGCUUUGACGGUGAUCGUAACGUUCAAGAAGUGCGCCACUACUUCGCCGAUGCUCUAGCGCGCAUGGGCCACAUGGAGAGAUUGCAUGACACCGAGCUCGUUGGCAUGUUGAGUGGCGAAGGUGGAUUGCAGGUUGAUGUCGUCCUCUUCCUGUUUGAUCCGUCUCCCGCUGAAACGCUGGACACCGCCCAAGUCGAGCUGCUGAAGCAUCUAUGCAAAUGGACGAAUGUCAUCCCGCUCAUCGGUCAUGCCGAUACUGUCGAAACCGACGACCUCGGCGCAAGAAAGGAGCAGCUCUCGAGCGACGCGAAAAGAUCACACAUCCAUCCGACUGACGAAUCAGCCGCCGCAUCAGACGUACCGCUGGAACCGUACGCCAUCUCUUCCGCUUUGGGAGACGAUCCUGAGACCAUCGAUGCCAGCAUUUUGAUGUCGUCAGGCUAUCUCCAGCCCUUCCUGCCGAGCGAGCUUAGCGUCCUCGUCUCAAAAUUGCUGGAACCCGACAACAUGGCGCGCUGGCGGCACCUUUCGGCCACCAAAUUCCUCCUCUGGCGACAGGAACAUCUGGCCUCCCCUCUGGACUUACACAAGCAGACUCUCCUCCAAUCCUCUCACUUCGAGCCCGGAAGCCCAGCCAUUACCAGCACCGGCAGCAUCGUCGACGAGCCGAGCAAAGUGCUCGUUCCCUACGGGUCUUCGAGCUACUUCCGCUCCGCCUCUCCAUCUGCCUCGGAAGGAUCCGCGCCAUUCCCCACCAGCAACGACAACAUCACCGCAACCUCCGCCCAAGCACUGGCACGCUACAACGACCAAACCAACAAACCCUCGGAGCCGCCCUUCCGUCAAGUCCGCCUCGCGAAAUGGGCCCAGGACCUUCAACGCAGCCUGGAAAACGAACGCAAGCGCUACGCCCAGAUCUUCUCCUCCUCCAUCUCCCCUGCCCUAACGGGCCACCACAGCAGCACCACAGCAUAUUCCUCCGACUCCGAGAAAGCCAUCAUCUCCUCCUCCGGCAACGGCAACACCAGCCUCACCUCCCGUCCACCCAAGGGCCGUCUCGGCGGCGACCUAGGCAUCAUCGACCCCAGUGACCCCCUCGGCGUGCUCGCAUUCGCACAAGCCUUCAAACGCCGCGGCUGGUUCGCGCUGCAGAUUGCAGGCACGUGCGGCGCGCUCGGCGCCGCCAUGUGGUGGAUGGCGAGGAAUUGGGCCGAGCUGCAGGAAUGGCUGGGCUUGUCGGGUUGGCAGGGCGUCGGUAUCAACGGGCAGCCGCCGGCGGCGGGCAUCACGAUGUUUGCUGUGCCUCCUCCUGCUGCUUCUACUUUGACUUCUGCCGGAUCUGGUACCGUGGGGCGGAGCUGGUUGGAUGCGGGCGAUUGGAGGAAUAUGUUGGGCAUGGCGAGGUAG